AGUGUUACUGACCUGAUACACAGUACUGUGGCUGGUUGGUAUAUCACAGAGUACAUAUAAAUAUACAUAAUUAUCAAAAUACUUACAAUUUAAUAACAACAAAAAGGUGUUUCUUUACAAAAUAUUUACAAAAAUAAACUUUAAAUUAAAGUAGUGAAAAUAUAACACAAAUAUAUUUCGUGGUCGAGGAAGUGAUAUUUUGACAUAAGGAGAGCACUAUGAAGAAUAUUUUGUUGGCUAUUACGCUCAUAAUUGUACUUAGAAUCAACGGUUACUUGGCAUUUACAUCCGGAGAUGACAAAUUUAUAAAAAAAUACGCAAUGAUGAAGAUAUACGAGACUUGCUUUGGUCCCGAAGUUGUAAAAGAAGUGCGUAAAGAAAUGAAAAUUGCUACAGCCAAGUGCAAUGGUAAUAUGCCCAUGAGUGUACCUACACCAACUUUGGCAUCGCUAAAACAUGCUUUAAGUCAGAACGCCAAUGCACACGAGUUUGUAAGUCAUCACCAAAAUAAGCCAAACCAAGAAGAUGCUUUUGGUAAAAAUCAACCAGGCUUCGAUUUAGCUAAAUUACAGCAAGCUAUUUUGUCUGGAUAUAAUUCACACGUUAAACAAUCCUCUCAACAAUCACACUUUUCGUCACAACCUGUAAAAUCGUGGACUACGCAGUCUAUGGUAGAACAGCCUCAAUACGUUGCUAAUACACUAUUUUAUCCACCAAAUCCUUCUAUGGCUAAUACAAACGAUAUGUUUCUGGCCAGGAUUUCAUCUCCUACAGGAAUACAACAAGCGACUUACCCAUCAGUCCCUUUUCCAAUGAUGUCAGCAUCCACUAUGACUGGAGGUCAAAUGUACCAACCAUUUUACCAACCAUUCUUUUCGUCUCAUCGGACAUCAAGGGUUGGAGGAUUUGAUGUCCGAAACCAAUUGGAUUCUUUGACCACUAAAAUGUCUGGAAAAAUCAGAAAUAUAACAUGUGUUAUGCAAGAACUUGGAUAUCUCAAUCAUAAUCUGGAACCUGACUAUGAAAACAUGAACGAGAGAGUACGUAGACUACCUAUUUCUGAUGAACUUAAACAAGAUAUGACUGAUGGAAUUGAGUAUUGCAAACAGUUCUCGAUGUGUGUACCAGACGAGAGAAAAGACAAGUUUGCCAAAGAAUUAGUCAGACCAAUGUUCUUCUUUAAAUGUUAUAAACAUAAAAAACUGGAGUCUUGUAUAAUGAAAGACAUUCGUGAUCGUUAUACUAAUGAAGAAUUUGGUGAAGAAAACCUAGUUUCAUCAGACCGUUCUAUGAGAAGUACUCAGAAUCUAGAAGAUGAAACAAUGGAACAAACAGUAUUUGAUUACAUUUAUGGUGAUAAAUCUAUAGACAUAGAUGUAAUGUUAUAAGGCGUUUACAUCAUUAUUAAAAUGCUCAACUACAGAAGUCUUAUGUCCUACGUAUUAUUAAUACAUUCAAUAUUAUUAAUGUUCUCUAAUUAAUACUUUUGAAUAAUAACAAAAAAAAAAUACAAUAUCACAUGUAGUCCUACUUUUAAAACAUUACUGUGACUAUAAAUAAAUCUAUAUAUAAUUAUAUAUGUAGUAAAGUUUUGAUAUUAGGACUUAUCAAUGAUGAUUUAGCUUGUAUAAAUUAAUUUAUUCUUAAAAUUUA